AUGGUUACAACAUGGAUAGAAGAAACUAAUACGGAAACUGUACCAGAACCAACUAGAGCACAAUUAUUUAGAGUGGGAUUGCAAAAUGCUAUUCCUUGUAUUAUGUUUGGAUUUUUGGACAACUCAGUGAUGUUAAUAUGUGGUGAAUCAAUUGAAAGAACGGUUGGUGAUGUAAAUACUAUAUCAACAAUGGCUGCAGCUGCAAUUGGUAAUACUUUCUCUGAUAUUCUUGGAAUUGGCUCUUCAUAUUAUGUGGAACGAUA